ACGGCAGCUGGCUGAUCCCGAGACCGGCCGCCUCAAACCACAAGCGCCCGGCGAGGCCAGCGACGACCUCUGUCUCAUCUCCUCCCCACGCAUCACUCACCCCCGGAGCCUGGGAAACAACCACAGGGCGGAGGGGAGGGUGCACGGUGGAAGGGCUCGCUCGCCGGCCUCCGCUUUUGCCGGCUACCGCACUUUCGGGCCACCGUCCAAAUGGUUGACUGACGGAUGAAGAUGGUCACGCUCUCCAAAGUAACCCUGGUGUUUGCAGUGGCGCUGCUGGGCUGGGCGUACCAGGCCACCCGGCCGCCGCCCCCCGCGAUCUUGGGCGCUUCGGGAGGUCUGCCGAUCACCUCCCCGAGAGUCCGGCUCAAGGAUGGCCGGCACCUAGCCUACAUGGAGGCCGGAGUGCACAAGGAGAACGCGAGGUACAAGGUCAUCUUCGUCCACGGCUUCGCCUCCACCAAGGAGAGCGGCUUCCCGGUGUCCCAGGAGCUUGUGGAGGAGCUGGGGAUAUACAUGCUGUUCUUCGACAGAGCCGGGUACGGCGACAGCGACGCCAACCCGAAGAGGUGCCUGAAGAGCGACGCCACGGACGUGGAGGAGCUCGCCGACGCGCUGCAGCUCGGGGACAAGUUCUACGUGGUCGGCUGCUCCAUGGGCGGAUACGUCGCGUGGAGCUGCCUCCACUACAUUCCGCACAGGCUGGCCGGAGUGUCGCUGGUCGUGCCGGCGGUGAACUACUGGUGGCCGCUCCCGGACGACGUGCGGAGGAGCGCGUACGGGAAGCUGGACGCCCGGGACCGGAGGACGUUCUGGAUCGCGCACCACGCGCCGUCGCUGCUCUGCACCUGGCUCACGCAGACGUGGUUCCCGACGUCGCCGAUCGUCAGGGGCGAGCGCGGCGCGUUCACCGCCAAGGACUGGGAGAUCCUCACUGAGCUCUGGAAGCGCGAGAGCGGCCAGCUGGAUCGGGCCAAAGCGACGCGGCAGGGGACCUACGAGUCGUUGUGCCGCGACGCGACGAUCCUGUUCGGCUCGUGGGAGUUCGAUCCGACGGAGAUGAGGGACCCGUUCCCCGACGGCGAGGGCGUGGUCAGCAUCUGGCAGGGGUACGAGGACAGGAUCGUGCAGGUGGAGAUCCAGCGGCACGCGGCGCGGAGGCUGCCGUGGGUGCGGUACCACGAGCACCCCGAGGCCGGGCACGCGCUCCCGGACAUGGACGGGGUCGGCGACGAGAUCGCUAGGGAGCUCGUGCUCGGCGUCGGCGAGGCGCCGCCGCAGAGCGAGCCGCGCCGGGGUAGCUGAACUUACUGAAAGGUUGGUGAAGAACUUAAACGAGCUGGUAGAUAUAGAUUAUGGGCUUAUAAUAAAUUUUUCCAAACCAAACACCUUCUAAAUAUAGAAACUUGUGGUGGAAAAAACUUUCCAAAA